UGUGAAUCAGUCAUUUUUCUGUUAUCAAAUCUUGCAAACCACUAACUAUCAGAUCAGAGGCAUGACUAAUACUAUUGCCAUAUGUUAUCUUUAGUAGUGUACAUAGAAAAUGUUAUUUCUGCAUCAUGUUUAAAUACAGCUGUUCAAAGUUAAUACUCAAUAAUAGUCAUGCAGAGGCAGUUGUCAGCAAUAUCAUCCAGCUAUUGAGACUGCCAUAAAAGGAAUAUUUCAACUGUGAGAUGGUGUUGGAAAGUGUUCUCUCAGUAUGUGUCAGUGGGGAAGUGAAAAUUGCUUGACAAACAGGUUUAAUGUAAUACCCAAAUGUAAUACAGUGGAAGCACAAAUAUGUCUCAUUUAUACCUGUGAAAUACUGAUCUAUGGAGUGUGACAAACACAAGGUUUAGAACAAAGUUUAUGUGGUUUUGUGUGGGAUUUAUCACUGGUAUCAAAAAAAGAAAACAUGAAGAGAAUGUGCAAAGUUGGUGGUGAAAUUAGAGGCGAACUAUGUUGCAGUUUUGCAAAAUGAAGAUGAACGCGAAUAGGAUUGUUUAAAAGCUGGAUACUUAGAUAUACCCAAAGAGUUUUGUCAUUAAUUGGUUAUAAUUUGGGAUCAUAAUAAUAGUGGAAUCAAAGCAUUGACAGGAUGAUUCGUGGACGUAAGGAAGGAAAGUCAUAUGCCACCUGGUUCAUUGGAUUUGACAGUGAAAUCGAGAAUGGACUAUUUUCACCACCACCAAUCCCAUCAACUAAUCAUGUUGGCAAACACAGCGUCUCUGUGGCAACCAAUGGCAACCAUGACAACCUGGAGUCGUCGCCGGACACCUCGUUUGAGAGCAUCCCCAUGGGGACCCAGACGACCUCGCUGCCGAGCCCAAGCAUGACCACGACCCCUACACAGACCAGUGAGGACUUGCAGCAGAAAGAAAAGGAAAAGAGAGAUAUCUACAAAGAAGCUUUUGAAAACACUCUUAGGACAGAAGAGGCAAAGUUCAAAGUUCGCUUUGACAACCUUCUGUCUGAGAUGCAGGAAUCAUUUGAGAAACUGCCUUCACGUGAUCAAUAUGGAAGCACGUCAUAUGGAGAUCUGAUGACAAACUAUCGGUCCCGGGUGAAAGAUCUUCUGGUCAGUCUGUCCCAGCGAUUGGAACUAGCUGUAGAGAGUUUUGACGAGACAUGCGCCAACAAUCCGUCUUUAACCUCACUGAAAGUACGUCAGAUAAUAUCGAAGCUUAUUGAGGAUCGCCUGGGGGAGAACCUGGACCUCACGAGUGACGAGGCUGUGUCUGACCUGUCGUCUUUGUCGGAUGAGUCAUCAGAACAGAAGUCCCUCGAGGAACAGAUCGCGCAGGCUGUUAUAGCCAGGAUGCUUGAGUUGCAUAGAAAUCAAAAUGGAAUUCAUCUUGAUCUUGAUGAGCCUCGUUUAGCAGAUGAACGGUGUUACUCUUCAAAUUCUGAGGUGAAAAUAGUUGGUAGAAGUAGAGACUCUUCACUAUCAGAGGAGCCACAAGUACAUGAAAAUGUGCCAAAGGAGAAAAAAUUAUCCACAAGUGAUACACAAACUGAUAUGGAGAAAAGAUUAUCCACAAGUGAUACACAAACUGACAAAAAGAAAAAAAUAUCCACAAGUGAUACGCAAACUGAUGCAAUUCAUAUUCUUGAAAGUGAAAGGGAUAUAAAUGCAAAUGAGAAAACUAGGGGUGUAUUUAUUGAACCUGUUGGUGAAACAAGUGACACAGAAGUUACCCAAGAUCUUGUUGAUGGAGAAGAAAUGGAAGCUUAUGAAGCUGAUAAAACAAAUCAAAAUAACGUGAGUGCCAAACAGAGGGUGUUUCGUAGCCUUUCAAAUGAUACGGAUGAAGCAGAUCAAAAGAAAAAUAAGGAGGAUGAAGAUAUUCUGAGGUUAGAAUUUGAAAAGUUGCGAAGUUUUGCUAAGGAAGUUGUGCCAAAACCGUUGUAUGAGGCUGUGAAAUACGAGGAAGAUAUUGAAGACGAAGAAGACCCUGUUGAUGAGAGCAUGGACUAUAAAAUUAUUGAUCACGAGGAGUCGCAAAAUGAGUUUGAAAGUCGGAUGUUUACGUUUGACAAAGUGCAUGAUUCCGAACACCACAGCCUCCCAGAUUUCAGCGAUCUGGAUUACGAGUAUCACGAUUUUGGGGUCACGGAAGUGGACCCUGAUCUGUUGUCAAUGAACUUGGCUCCUAUCUUGGAGGAGACUGAGGAGGAGUUAGCUGAGGAGGUGGAGGAGGAGGAGGAGGAAGGAGGAGCAACAGGGGCUGAGGGCGGAGUUAGUGGAACGGAUUGGCGGGGCAACUGGAUGUUUAAAGGUGCUGCGGGAAUGGACACAUACGAGAAUCUCAGCCGCCGUGAGAAGCAAUCUUUAGACUUUGGUGAGGGAAUAGUCCGUGUUCCUCAACCCAAUGUCAAUCUGCUGGCUCCCACCAUUGGAAACAGAGAUGUUGAUGAGAUGUCGUCAGAUCUCUCAGACGAGGAGUCGCAUGAUGCCAGUGACGAGGGGGACUCUUUCUACGCAAAAACCAGCGAAGAAAUUGCCAGAAUCUCGCUAAGCCGUUCACGUCGGUCCGUUCACACGGACAGUGAACAUGAGAUCGACACGAACAUUUCCUCGCACUCUGCCUCGUUCUCAGACUCGGGUGUCAACACAAAUCUUCUUGGAACUGCAAGCUUGUCAUCGAGUAGGAUGAGUUUGAAGACUGCUGUGAAACUUUCAGAAGAUCUGAUUCCUUCGGAGAGGGACGAUCCGAAGUUUGAGAUACCACCUGUCAGUGUCACUAUAUGUGAAGGGGAACCGGCAAAAUUUACCUGCCGUGUGGCUGGGAGUCAAACACUUGACAUCUUCUGGUAUCGUGUCCUGGAGGAGGUUGAAGAGCUCGAGAAUUCGGAGUACUUCGAGAUUAUCAAAGAUGGCUGCCGACAGAGCCUGACGAUGUACAACAUGACCACGGAACACGCUGGCCAGUACAUGUGCAUGGCGAUAAAUGAGAACGGUCGAUGUUGCCAGUACUUCAUACUCACUGUGAAAAAGAACACCACUGAACUUAAGGCCCCUGAGUUCCUAAAGACUCUGACGGAUGUCGAGGUCAUUGAAGGUCAAAGUGUCAAGUUCAGGGUCAAGGUCAAGGGGAUUCCUCAACCCCGGGUCGUCUGGUUCAAGGACGGACAGAUUCUGCUCAAUCAACUCAACUACAAAUUGGAGAGGUUUGGUAACCGUGACUACAUUCUUGCUAUCACCACUGCAUCCAUGGACGAGGACGCGGAGUACUCUGCCCUUGCCAAGAACAUCGCCGGAGAGGCACGAUCCUCCGCACAGCUCAUUGUUGAACCAAAAGAUAAACCAGAAAGUGUUCCCCCCAAAACCAAAAAGUCUUCAUUCAGUGACUCAAACUCAAUUUCAACAGAGUCCAAAAAACCAAAAGAAGAUUUUCCUGACCUUUCGUAUUUACGCCUUGGUCGAUCAAGAACCUCUGCAAACAAAUCAGCAACCUCUUCAUCAUUAUCAUCAUCAUCAGCAGCAAUGCCAGGAGCAUCAGAACCAUCUGUAGUGGAAAAUGAUUCUUCAUUGGAGAUUGCAGCAGACGUCAUCAGCAGCAUAGCUGCUAUGGACAAGAUGUUAGCCGACCUGGAGUGUGACUCCACCUCCUCGACCUCGGACGACCUUGACCCCACCCCUGUUGACCUGGUGACCUCACUGGGUGCCAUGGCAACCCUAGAAUUUAGAAAUCAGUGUGUGGUGAUGGAGAGCUCUGAUUACCCAGAAGUCCAAUCCGCUGCAGACGCCAGUAUAGUUAGGAGAAGGAAACCUGCCGACGUCAUGACAACCAGCACCCCAAGGAACUCAGAAACAGAGAGAGUGUUCCAGGUGGACAGUGAUACCUCCAACAUCCCUUGUGACAACAGUAUGGUAGCCAUAGAAACAUCGCAUGACGGCGAUAACCAAUCGUAUAAGAGUGAAAUCAGUCUAAAUCCGAUGACCACAAAUAUGAGUGCUAGUGCUAAAAAUGGAGAUUCCAGUGCUAAGCCUUUGACUCGAUCAGUUUUGACUGCAAGAGGUUACUCACAAAGUGAUGACAUGGACGUGAAUUCUCGCACUUUGACAGCAACAGAUAGGCAGAAUUCAACCGAUUCUGACCGCACGAGUUCUAUGAAUGUCUCUUUUGAAAGAAAUGAACUAAGCUCAUCCCUAAAUUCUUCUUCUUCAGAAUGCUUGGUUGUGAAUCUUGGCCCUAAAAGUGAAAAUUUGGAACCAUACCGAAAAGAUUUCUAUAUUAAUUCUCCACCCACCUCUCCAAGGGGAGUAACUCCCUCAUCAAGGGAGAGCACAUCAAGGGAGAGCACACCGUUGACAUCUCCACGAUCACGAACUGAAGAAAAGAUUGUUCUGUCGGCCCCUGUGUCUCGCUCCGUGGGUAUCCAUGGCAACACAUCCCUCUCCCUGGAGGAGAAAGUGAGGGCCCUGCAGCAGAUCCAGCUUUCGGACACCCGGACAACCAUCAACUCAGAAACCAUGGAAACUCCUCCCCCACCAAAGGUUGUUGCCUCCUCCAAGGCUUAUCACGCCCCUAAGCCGCCUCCCCCUAGACCAAUUACCCCGCCCCCUAUAGAGAAACCAGAACCAACAUUCCUGAAAGGAAUAACCAGUGAAAGUGAUCUUCCGGAAAGUCGCACAGAGUUCAAUGAAGAAUACUCCAUUGAACUGCCCAGUGUUAAUAGAUUAAAAGCCAUGUUUGGUGGAACUAAACAGACGGAGAAAGAUUCCUCAAUCAAGCGGGAUACAUCUGAUGAAAUGCCUAUUCACAGUAUAACAGCACGAAGCGUUCCAAAAGAACAAUUAGAACGGUUGAAAGAUUCUUCCGGUGACACGUCUGGUGCAAUUGAUUCAUCAGCAAAUGACACAAAACCGGUUCAACCGGGUCGCUCUACAGCACUAACCACAGGACAACAAAUCAAACAGACCCCUAAUAUGCCUAAACAAGUGUACCACUUCUCUGAAGACAAUAAAUCUAAAAAACAGUCGACUCACAUUCCAAAACAAAGUGUACAGAUUUCAUCCAGUGUAAAGCCAGUUGGUCAAGCAAAACGCAAAAUCUCAAAAUGCUGUGAAGAUUAAUCUUGCCACUGGAAAUACUAAUAAACCAAUCAGUGAUAAUGAAUCUUCAAACUUACAUUUAAAACAGCCAAUCAAAAACAGUGUUAAACCUACAGAAAAAGUUGCUCAGCCAUUGGAAAUUAAUGUAAAAACUGGUGCUGAUAUUGAUACCCCAGAAGAAAGAAAGUCCCCCAAAAUUAAGACUGGAGCAAUAUCAGCGAUGUCAAAAUUCUGGGAAAAUAUGAAUACUGGAGUUAAAGAAAAGGCUCCCGAGAUAUUAGAAAAAGAAUGAAGGUUCAUACAUUAAUUAAAAUGUUUAUUUUAUCUCUUUUUUAUCAAUUCUAUAUAAAAUAAGCAAAUUUGUUGAAUUGAUAUCCCCUGACAUUGAUAUCUAUACACCCAUGAAGAUUCCUGUUGAUAUCUUGAAUAUAUUCCGAGAUAUAGCUCUUAUAAAAUAUUGUGACAGACUGACAGAUGGAUGGAUAAUUCCAAUUCUAUAUCCCUCCACCUUUGGCGGGGGGAUGAACAAUUACAUGAUUCCAACAUUGCGAUCUUAACUUAGUGGGACCAGCUAAAUAUUUAAAUUUAUUGAAAAAAAUAUUUAAAUGAAUACAUAAAUAACUUAAUUUAAAAAAGAAAAGAAAACAGGGUCACACAUAAUUAUGAAUAGUAUGUUAGUAAAUCAUUAAUGCAAAACUGGAAUUUUUGUUUUUAAAAAUUAUUCCAAAUGUGCAAUUUCACUGUUGAUAUUGUUGCUAUGGUGUACCUCUGAUAUUUAACUCACCUCUGCAUUUUGCCUAAUAUCAUGUGAAAUGUUUCUUCCAGAUCUGAGCUUAGUUUGCAUGUAUUAAAUUGUCAUAAUAAUGAGUAUGCAUUUAUAAUCCACCAUUAGUGUUCAUAACAAAAGCAAAUUUUAAGCAUGUUCAAAUUCCAUCGUUUCACUGUAUUUGAUGAUGAUUGUUCAUUUUUAUCGUUAGAGUUUUAGCUGUUGUGACCAUUUCCUGAUGAACUUUUAAAGACUUCCAAAUGUUAAUGUGGUAACUGGCAAUGUUAAUAUCACUUAAAAUAUUAUAGUAUCGCCUUUUUGCUGUUUUUAGGAAGAGGGUAUUUUAUUCAACAUGAUAUAUUUAUUAGAAUUAAAAAUUGCAUAUCUCUAUAUGCAAUUUACCGUGCAAAUAAUAUGUUAUUAAGGUGUAGCUUUUCUGUUAUAUUGGGUUUAGUUUUUCUGUUAUAUUGUACGACUGUGCCAGUUUACCUGAGAAAUUCUCAUCUUUGUUAUAAAAUAAUGUUGUCUUUGCUUGCGAGAGAUAGAGAACAGAUAUGGUAGACUUUUCUAACCAGUUCCAUUUAACUAAUGACGAAUUCAAAAUUAGACAUAUUUCAAUUUAAGUUAGUGCUUGCUUAUUGGAAAUCAUAAUUUGUUUUGUCUAUUUUAUACAAAGUUAUCAUUUCAGUGAAUAAAACUGACAGAUUAAAAAAUAAAAGUAUACUAAGCUUAGCAUGAAAUUAAGUGUCACACGAAAUUUAACUCAGCCAUACUUUUAAAAAAAGUUUUGAAAGAAAACGUAUUUAAAACUCAUGUUAGUAAUAAUAUGACAGGAUUUUUUUUUACCUUCAUGUGUAAAUAAGAAUUUUUAUAAAGUUUGGUCAAUUUUAUACUUUCAAUUGUAUUGUUUUGAAUGUAGUAUGAAAAUAAUACAAGACCGAGUAUAAGGCCUACUCUUUUUUAGCUCGGCUGUUUUCGGAGAAAACCCGAGGUAUUGUCAUAGCCAGCUCGUCGUGUCCGUGUCCGUCGUCGUGUUGUCUGGUGUGCUAAAACCUUAACAUUUUGUUAAUGUUUUCAACAUUGGCUCUAAAAUCAAAGUGCUUCAACCUACAACUUUGAAACUUCACAUGUAGCUGCACCUUGAUUAGUUCUACAUGACACACCCAUUUUGGGUCACUAGGUCAAAGGUCAAGGUUAUUGUGACCUCUUAAAAAAAAAAAAAAAAAAAAAAAAAAAAUCGGACAAGCUUUCAUUUAUUCAAAACUGCACCCGCAGCCGAGCGUGACACCCGUUAUGCGGUGCUUUGUUUAAAUUAAUAAUACCCUUUUGUUCUCUCAUUAUUAAUGUAUACUGUUUGUAAUUGCAUUCCAUUUAAAUCUUUAUUUUAAUUAUUUAAGAGUGCACAUAUAUCCUGUAAAUAAAUGUUUAUAUAUUUUCACAGAUCUUGACAUGACAUUGUAGUUGUUGCUUGGUUAUUUUGUUGUACAAAUUACUCAAUAACGCCAUGUAUUUGUUAUAAUAUGUGCAUAUUAAAUCGCAGAUAAAAUAUAAUGCAGGAAAAUG